AUGCAAAGUCCAGGAAGUAAAGCCCCAUCUCAAAAAAAUCGAACACCGCUUCAAUCCGGCCGCAGUUCAACCCCUGGAGACUCUGUGAGUAAUUCGACGGAAGAUGCUUUCACUGGUAACAAACCGCAGGGCAGUUCUGUUCGUCGGACAUCGACGAAAUCAUCGGUCAGCCCCACUUCGUACAAAAGACCGUCCUCGGCUUUAACCACUGGAUCUAUGAAGCUCGAAACACAGUAUUCUCUGAAAAAGAAACGUUACCUGCAACUGAAGAAAGACUUACUGGACAAGCAGAAACACGCGCAAGACCUGUACAACGACAUAACGCAGAUCCGCGAGAAGCUGAUCUCCUCCGGCAGCAAGGAUCCAGGUAAACUAGAAGACGUAAAGGUGGAGGUAGGAUCCCCGAAGUCGCCCAUCGAAGCGAAAGAGCAAAUCGACAACAACCUCGAGAAGCUCGCCAUCGGCGGCGAGUUCCUGAGGAGCCUCGAAAACAAGCUGCACGAUAUCCCGAGGCGGUCGCAGGCUCUCUGCCAGGAGCUGCUGGACAAGCAGUCAGAAUUCGUGGCUUUCGUCACAUCGCGUCUGAUAAACGCCAGCGAGGUCGGUGUCGACGACACGAAUUCCGUGUUGACGAUGCAACUGGAGGCUCAUCAGAAGGAGUGCGACGUCCUGAGGAGCCGGUUGGUCGAGAUAGAAGAAGCGGAAGCGAACUCGAUGGCGGAGUUGAUGAAGAACGUGCGCGACCUGGUGAAAGGUUACGAGAGUUACAGGAUGAAGCUGAAGGAGCUGAAGGUGAUCGAGAACCAGAAGGAGCUGGAGUCUCAGUUGAACAGCACGGCGGAGGAGUUGCAGACGGAACGGGAGAAGAGUAACCAAAGCAAGGAACGUGUUAAGGACAUGGAGGCCAAGUUGCUGAAGGCUCGUGCGAAGAUACGAGAGCUGGAAGCACAUGUGGCGAACGACGACGCGAAGAUUUUGCAGUUGCAGACCAGCGUGAAGAGCCUGGAGACGCAGAUGAAGCAGAAAGAUCAGUCGAUGGAGGUGAGGUUAAAGGAAAUGCAGAAAACGAUGAAGAGCAGCAAAGGAUUGGUCGAUAAGGUGGAGAAACAGCGGGACACACUGGAAACACGGCUGGUGGAACUGAAGGAGAAGAUGAACAGUAAAGAGAAUGACGCCAUGAACACUAUCAAGGAGCUGUCCGAGAAGCUGAACGAGGUCAUUAAUGAAGUUGCAGUGGAAAGGGAGAAAAGACAACAAGUGGAAGAAGCUUUCGGCGAGCUGGAAGAACGGUACAAGAACCUCGAAGAGAAGAGUCAACAGUUAUGCGAACUCGCCGAAAAGAAUAAAGAUUUCACGAUUAUAGAGGGAAGUCACUCGGAGAACGAAGUCCGUUUGUUCAAGGAACUAGAGGAAACUAGGAAAGAACUGAUGACGCAGAGAGAAAUGAUGCUUCAACUGCAACAAGAGAAAGAGGAGAUCGUUGCAGUGAUGCAUCAAGCGGCCAGUCACGAAGAAGAAGAAGACUCGAGAGAAAAAUUGGCUAAGGAACUUGUAUUCAAGACUAACGAACUACAAAACAUGAUGAUGCAGAAUACGGAACUGAAAAAGGUUGCAAAAAACGCCCAAGAAAGAAAUGGAAUGUUAGAAAGGCAGUUGACAGAGAUUCAGAAUCGACUGCAGACACAUUUAAAAGAGGGUGGCAAAGUUGGGUCGAGCGCUCAUGCGAUUGAGCUUCAACAACAGGUUUCCGAUCUCCGUAACAAUUUGGCGGAAGUAGUUCGGCAAAAAGAGGAGCUAGAAAUUGCAUUGACUCAAAAGCAAUUGGAGCUGGAACAGCGUGAUCGUGUGAUGCGUGAACAGAGCAAGUUUCUUAAGGUCAGAGACGAAUUGCUUGAUAUUUUGAAGGGAAAGACGCAACAGGAAAAUGGGGAAAUGUCCAACAGCGACGAAAACAACGAAUAUGAUCAAGUUCAGAAACAGAUAGCGGCCAAAGCGGAAAUGAUUCAAGAGUUGUACACGACUUUGGAGAACAAGCAGCGGCAGAUAAUGCGUCUGGAGAAGAUGGUGAAGCUGAUGGAGGACCAGCAAGAUCGUGCCCAGGCACAGCGCACACGUUUCGAGAAUCGCAUUGCUCAACUAGAGCUGGCCAUACAAAGGAGCAAGGAACAGCGGGGUAAAGGUUUCGGCAUCCUGUAAGGAACUUUCUAAUCAUCGUCGACGUAUAUGUCUCCAUCAAAUUACAUCAAAAUCAAAGCGAUUAGUUACUAACCGUUACAUCAUUGAUGAACAGCGUUCUACUACAUUUGCAAGAUUUUGGUCAAAGUGAAGUAGAAAUUGUUCGCAACAUUUUAAAAGGUGUAUAAAUUAAACAGUGAUUGUCAU